GACUUUUGGUGUGCAUUAGUUGUGAUGAAUUGGUGCCAAAAAUACAGCAUAACAUCACAAGUCAGCCCAUUGUGUGACUCCAUCGCAAUCACCCUGUAUAGGCUUAGGAAAGAGGCGGAGAAGAAGUGGUGGCCAUUGUCUGCGCGAAACUGAUCCCAUCAUGUAUUGGACGACACACCUGGAGGGCGGACCGAAGCGCGUGAAUCACGCGGCCGUAUCUGUGGGUCGGUUUGUGUACUCAUUUGGCGGUUACUGUACGGGCGAUAACUACGGCCUCUUGAAGCCCAUCGACUGUCAUAUUCUGGACACAGAAACACUCCGCUGGACGCUAAACGUGAACGACAACUCCAAGUUCUUCGACCGGUUGAUCCGUACGGACUCAGACCUGCCGUUUCAACGGUACGGCCAUUCGGUUGUGGCGAACGGGGAUCUGGUGUACCUCUGGGGCGGCCGUAACGAUGUGUACGCGGAUCACACGCUAUACUGUUUUGACACGAAUACCGGCGAGUGGUUGGAGAGACCGAAAGUGACGGGAAGUAUUCCCGGCGCUCGCGAUGGACACACAGCCGUCGCCAUCAACAACAAGAUGUAUAUCUUCGGCGGCUAUGAGGAGCUGACGGAACGCUUUUCCAAUGAUAUCUAUUGUCUGGAUUUGACGACAUAUGUCUGGACAUAUGUGAACGCCUCGGGAACUCCUCCCUCGUGGCGGGACUUCCAUUCGGCCGUCGCCUACGAGGACAAGAUGUUUGUGUUCGGCGGCCGCAGCGACCGCUCGGGUCCGAGUCAUUCACAGCAAGAGAUUUACUGCAAUGUCAUAAUGUAUUUCAAUACGACAACCAAUAAUUGGGUUAAACCCGAAACACACGGCCUCCGACCCAACGGACGGCGGAGUCACUCAUCGUUUGUCUAUAACGACAACAUCUAUGUGUUCGGCGGUAUUCACUCAUCGUUUGUCUAUAACGACAACAUCUAUGUGUUCGGCGGCUAUAAUGGCGUCGAACGCAUUCAUUACAACGAUCUCUACAAAUACGACCCAAAGACACUUCUCUGGUCACUCGUGGAAGUGCACGGCCGACGGCGACCGUGCGCUCGACGGCGACAGUGUUGCUGUGUUGUCGGCGAUAAACUCUAUUUGUUUGGCGGCACGAGUCCGUUUAUUCUUCAGCACCACUCCAUUGAAAGUUUAUCUCCGGCUGCACUCGAAUACUAUUCGCAAAUAGAUUUGGGACUUCGGGAUCACUCGGACCUCUAUAUCCUAGACUUCAAGCCCUCACUGAAAACGCUGAGCAUUUUGGUGGCCAUCGAGAAGGACCUGAAUAAGACGGUUCUGCCGAAGAAUAUACAGAUGGAGAUUGAUUUGAUGACACGCGACAACUCCAUCACCAGAAUCUCACCCAACGUGGGCUGAGUUUCACUUCCCAGUGACAGAGCACCGGCCGCUCAGUUACCGCAAACUCCCGGCGCUUAUAUACUGUAUAUGUUCUGCAAAAAGUGUAUUUUUCUCGACUCCAUUAAUUGACUUAUUAACUGAUUAUUAAGUUUUUAAUUUAAAUUAUUUAUUUUGUGAAUUGAGUUAUAUUUUGAGACAACAAUUAUUGAUUGUUUUCUCUUUUUUUGUGUAUUUUAUGUUUUUAUUGAACUUUUACUUGUAUUUAAACUGAUUUUGACGUGAUUUCAAAAAUCCACUUUUUUUUGUUUCGUGUCUUUUUAAUUAAUAUUAAAAACAAAAAAUUAUAUUUUGGGACAAAACAUAUGCCAAACAAC